CUUCAAAGCCAUUUUCGCCCACAGUAAGCACUACUGUGAAGUCCACCAUGGUGAAGAAGCAAACCGGAAAAGGAGUAGGGAAUGGAAAGGCGUCCAACUCCCGACUCCGAACGAAUAAGACCACCGAAGUGACGGGGGAGGAAAAAGUUGUGAAGCCCACAUUCGCUCCUCUUUCCGAGGACGAAGCAGCCGAACAGGAGACAGCAGACAUCUCGAAGCAGCCCGCCGAUAACGAAUGGGUAGAAGUCGAUUCAGAGGAUUCGGACGAUGAACUACCGAUAGGCGAAUAUGAAGACGAGGACGAAGCUGAAGGCGCGUACCUGAGGAAGAAAGGCACAGCGACGGCUGGCCCGAAAUCGUCACAACCCGAAGCAGACGACGACCAACAUAGCGAGAACGAAAGCGACAGCGACGAAGAGGAGGACUCGCCGCUGGGAGGGUCACCCAACGACAACGAUAUUUCCGAUCCCCACGCGCUGAUAUCCAAGCCGUUAGCAAAUGCCAAACCUCUGACAGCGAAGGCGUUGGCCAAGUUCCAGGAGAAGCAACAAGCCACAGGUGUGGUGUACCUGUCCCGAAUACCUCCCUUCAUGCGACCUGUGAAGUUACGGCAGCUCCUGGCAAGGUACGGCGCGCUUGGUCGCAUCUACCUUGCACCGGAGGACCCGAAGAUUACCGCCCGACGGAAGAAGUACAGGAAGAACAAGCGACAGAACUAUACGGAGGGAUGGGUGGAGUUUCUGGACAAAAAGGUUGGGAGGCGGGUGGCGGAGCAUCUGAACGGGAAGCAGAUCGGUGGGAAGAAGCGGAGCUUCUACUACGAUGAUCUGUGGAACAUGAAGUACCUGCCAAAGUUCAAGUGGAACCACUUGACCGAGCAGAUUGCAUAUGAGCUCAAGGUUCGGGAGCAGCGAUUGAAGACGGAGAUGGCGCAGGCGAAGAAGGAGACGAAGGAAUAUGUGAAGAAUGUCGAAAGGGCGAAGAUGGUGGAGGCGAUUGAGGAGAGGAAGCGUGACAAGAAGCGGAAGGCGGAGGCUGAAGCGGGAGAUGGGCCAGAGACGGGGGCAGCGUCAGCGGGUCUGUCGCAGGACGCAACAAAGGCUGUUCGCCGGCAGUUCAAGCAGCGAAAGGUGGUGGAUUCUGACGCCAAGAGUCAAGGAGCCGCGCCCUCUCGCAAGAAGGCCGCAGUCCUGUCGAAGCUUUUUGGGUAGAGAAGGCAUUGUGACCGUACUUUCCAUUGCAUAUAUAGAUUAUCAUCAUUAGUGUUGAGUUGCGAGAUUCGAUCUAUGCAAGAGUUGAGAGCACUGUGAAGCUUUGAGUGCACUUGGAAGCUUUGACGUUUGUGGGAACCGCUGAACCGCGCACGCGUGAUGUGAGCGGUCUGCGGCCGUCUUCAUUUUCAUGAAUAAUUCUCGGUC